UAUGGCAAACAUCAGUAGCUAAUAGUCAUUAACACACAGACUGAGCUGGUCAUGGAUAUCUGGAUUAACUAGUCAUCUAACCUAGCUAACUCGUUCUGCAGCUUUAUUUAUUGUGAGAGGGAAUGGGAGGGGGAGGAAAUGAGUGUCAGACCUCCAGACAAGCAUUAAAGUGUGACUAAUCUCUCUGUGGAUGGCAAGAAAUGGAUAAACCCAAAAUGGCUACAGAGAAAGGAAUCCCCAGUAGUUCCCGGGUGCUGAUGUUGCUGGGGCAGCUGGAGCGCCUGAAUGGAGAGGUGUUGGUCACUGACACUGAGGCGGUCAGGCAGGUGACAGGCAAAAUCCUGCAUCUCAUUCAGACUCAAGAGAAAACCAGAAAGGAGGUAAUGGCUAAGGGUUCCAGUGGAAUGGAGGUCAUUCUCUCCUCUCUAGAGAACACGCGGGACUUGCAGACGAUUCUGAACAUCCUUUGUAUUCUGAAUGAGCUGCUGACACUGGGCGGGGGCCGCAGGGUUGGAGUGUUUGUAUCUAAAGGAGGAACAGCCAUCCUCCUGCAGUUACUCGUCCAGUCCGGCAAAGAGGCCUCUCCCAGUGAAGAGCUUAUGCUCCAGACUCACUCUCUGCUGGCUAAAGUGGGGCCUAAGGACAGAAAGUUUGGGAUUAAAGCACGUCUGAAUGGGGCUUUAAAUGUGACAGUAAAUCUGCUGAAACAGAACCUACAGAACUACAAACUCCUGCUGCCGUGUUUACAGGUGCUGCGAGUCUACUCCAGCAACUCCGUGAAUGCUGUAUCUCUGGGAAAGAGUGGAGUUGUCGAGCUGAUGUUUAAAGUUAUUGGACCCUACAGCAAAAAGAACACCACUCUACUGAAGGUGGCUCUGGAUACUUUGGCAGCAUUGCUGAAAUCCAAGAUGAAUGCCCGUCGGGCAGUGGACAGGGCACACAUGCCCGCUCUUCUUGCCAUCUACCAAGACUGGCACCGCAAUGAUACCCGGCAUAGACACAUGAUCAUUCGCAAGAGCAUUCUGGGAUGCAUUAAAAACCUUACCAACAUCAAACUGGGCAGGAAGGCCUUCAUCGAUGCGGAUGGAAUGAGGAUCCUCUACAACACCUCAACUGAGUGUUUGCCUGUCCGGACGCUGGAUCCUUUAGUGAACGCCUCCAGCCUGAUCAUGAGAAAGUGUUUCCCAAAGAAUCGCCUGCCUCUGCCCACCAUUAAGAGUGUCUUUCAACACCCACUACCACACGUUCCAGCCAGCGGACCAGUGGCUCAGCUCUACAGCCAGCCUCCAGGGGUGGAUGAUGUUGUGGAUGAAAGUGACGACAAUGAAGACACAGAGAUCGACACAGAAAACGAUACAGAGAAUGAGGAAGAUGAGAAGGACCAUAAAGGACAGAAUGAUGACAUCGAGACUGAUAUCAACAAACUGAGACCCCGGCAGAUUCUCACACGCCCGUUUGAGGAAUUGAGAGUUUUUGAGCGUUUUUUUAAGGAGUUCUCAGAGGAUUUCCAGGACUUUGCCUUUGAGAGCAGUAAGUCUACAUCGCCCUCCUCUGCCGACACCUCAAAGCCCCAUCGUCCGAUCAUCAUCCCCACAUCUCGCUCCACAGCCGGACCCUGGAGUGAAACCUCUAAAAACAAACCCCAGCGGCCGGAGAGAGCAGAUCCACCCAGACCUCUGAAAGAUGCUCCAGUGGAUCUGGACAGCAUCUCUGUUACCAAAGCUCCGGAGAGCAAGCUGGAGCUGGAGCUGGUGCAGGGCCUGAGUCAGCUGCUUCUGGACGGCUCAGAGUCGGUGAACGGAGGCUGCGGAGGGGAGGGGCCUCAGGAGGAGGGCGGGGAGCAGGCGGUGCUAGAGGUGCCGGACACGGCCGCUCUCCUGCCUCUGCACGAUCCUGACCUGUACCUGGAGAUGGUGAAGGGGACCCACUCUGUACCUGGAUACACAGAUGUGGCCUACCCGGAUUAUUUCGGUCACGUGGCCCCUAACUUCAGGGAGCCCAUUAUAGAGAGAGUUUAUGGGGUGCAGCGGACAAAAAUAUUCCAGGAUAUUGAGAGGCUCAUUCAUCCCGGUGACAUCCUGGACAAAGUUGUGUAUGACCUUGAUUUGCAGAACUGCCCUGUUAUUGAUGACGGAGAAUGUCUGAAGUUCAACUCGCAGUUUGAAUCUGGGAACUUGCGAAAAGCAAUUCAAGUCAGAAAGUUUGAGUAUGACCUGGUGCUGAACUCAGACAUCAACAGUAACCACUACCACCAGUGGUUCUACUUCGAGGUGAGCAGCAUGCGAGUGGGAGUGCCGUAUCGCUUCAACAUCAUCAACUGUGAGAAAUCCAACAGCCAGUUCAACUAUGGCAUGCAGGUGCUGAAGUACUCUGUGCAGGAGGCCAUCAGUGGCAGCCCUCGUUGGAUUCGUACUGGAUCUGAUAUCUGCUACUACAAGAAUCAUUUCUCCCGGAGCUCCAUUGCAGCUGGUGGUCAGAAGGGAAAAUCGUACUACACCAUGACCUUUACUGUGACCUUUCAGCACAAAGAUGACGUCUGUUACUUCGCCUAUCAUUACCCCUACACCUUCUCCACCCUGAAGAUGCAUCUGCAGAAGCUGCGCGCCCUGUGCACUCCUCAGGUCUACUACAGGCAGGAGCAGCUUUGUGAGACGCUGGGAGGAAAUGGCUGCCCCCUGCUGACCAUCACUGCCAGGCCUGAGUCUGCCAGCAGUGACCACGUCUGCCAAUUUAGGAACCGGCCAGUGGUUUUCCUGAGUGCACGAGUUCACCCAGGAGAGACCAAUGCCAGCUGGGUAAUGAAGGGCACUUUGGAGUUCCUUGUGAGUUCAAGCCCUCUAGCGCAGAGCCUGAGAGAGAGCUUCAUCUUCAAAAUCGUCCCCAUGCUCAACCCAGAUGGAGUCAUCAACGGAAAUCACAGGUGUUCUCUAAGUGGGGAGGAUCUGAACAGACAGUGGCUGAACCCCAGCGCAGAGCUGCACCCCACCAUCUACUACGCAAAGAGUCUGCUGCAGUAUCUUACCGCUAUUGGACGAACUCCACUGGUAUUCUGUGACUACCACGGCCACUCGCGUAAGAAGAACGUGUUUAUGUACGGCUGCAGCAUAAAGGAAACCGUGUGGCAGACCAACGUCAGUGCUAGCUCCUGUGACCUACAGGAGGACCUGGGCUACAGGACGCUGCCAAAGCUGCUGUCUCAGUUGGCCCCUGCCUUCAGCCUCGCCAGCUGCAGCUUUGUGGUGGAGCGCUCCAAAGAGUCCACGGCCCGCGUGGUGGUGUGGAGGGAGAUUGGCGUCCAGCGUAGCUACACAAUGGAAAGCACACUGUGUGGCUGUGACCAGGGCAAAUACAAGGGUCUACAGAUUGGAACAAGGGAACUGGAGGAGAUGGGGUCUCAGUUCUGCAUUGCUCUGCUUAGGCUGCGGCGCCUUACUUCUCCUUUGGAGCUCCGCUACCACCAAACACACCUGCUGGAUAUGGACAGUGACCUGAUAGAGUCACGCUGCAAUAUCACAUGCCCCACCACAUACGUGAUGGAGGAAGACGAGCCUGCGUUUCUGGAGGAAGUGGACUACAGUGCAGAGAGCGAAGAAGAAAAUGAGCUUGGUCUGGAUCCAGCCCACCUGGACCCCAACUCUGACCCAGAGCUGAACCACCAAGACUCUCUGACCUGAGACACGCUCACCAAAUCCAGCUUAGGUACACACCCCUGCCUACACCAUAGCCAACCUUUCUGUAGGUGACCAACAGAAACUACGGUAUAGUACUAUGGUCUACAGUCCUGUCUUAAUCUGCAUAGCCUCAUUUUAAACACACACAUGCACGCCUGGGUCCUGCUGCAUAGAAACCUGAUACACUUGCUCUUAAACCAAAACCAAACUAGGUACCUGCAACUAUACAUGUAGCUUUAACAGGAUAUAUUAAAGGUAAAAACGCAGGAACGUAGUGUUUCAUCACCUAAAGUACUCCACUGCUCAUGCAACUCAUGCUAAACCACGUAUCGCUUAAGGGAUUUCUCAGCCAAAAGCUUUCGGAUAAAAGUGUAAACUAACUAUAUCUACUAAUAAACUAAAUGUUUAAACUGCAAAACACUCGAAAGGAAAAAUCUGAAAUUUACACAGUUUUUCUGCCGUUAUUUUAAAUAUAGCUGAUUAGAAAAGAGACGUCUAAAGCUGCUGUACUGGAAGCUGCUGUACUGGAGCUAUGAAGGUAAUGUGGAUAAUUCCCAGUUUAAACUACUGAGCAUUACAAACAGAAUUCUUUACAUUUAUUAUUUUUUAACUAAUGUUUUUUUCAAAGGAAUGUCAAUUUCUUUGGAUACACUAAAUUUUUAGUAAGCAAAAUAAUGAAAAAAAAUGCCAUAAAAUCACUUUUAGUGUUGGUUCAAAUAAGUAAAAAGGCUGAAUAAUACCAUAAUAUGACUAAAUACAUUUUAAGUUUAAUUUGUCUACAAGAAAGAGAAAAAUAAAUAUUCAGUAAAUAUUUUUUUAUUCUGUUUUUUGCAAGACAAAAAAUGCAUUUAGUCUAUUUUAUUUAUUCAUUUUUGAAAUAAGUGUCAAAAUGAUCCUAUUCAGGAUUUGCUGAUUCAUUUGUUUGGUUUUGGAUUCCUGUAAAACAAUUUAAUUCAGCGGAUCCUUAAAUAAUUUGUAUCUUAGGAGACUGUAAAGUAAGGAGUCUUACCCAGGGACUCAUAUUGGUGUAGAGUGGUGGACUUUUGUGGGGAAAGCAGUGUUGUUAUCUAUAUUCACAAUAUUUAUCAUUGCAUUUCACUAAUAUCUAUUACACCUAUACCUAUAGCAUCAAUUUCCUUGCAGAUAAACCUAUUGAGUCAUGCUAUGUGUUAGUCUAAAUCAGUUGGUUUAGUGAAGAAUGUAACUAUACUGUCUUCCCCCUGGCAGACUCUAUCCAAUAAAAGUCCUUGAGCAAAACUCUUAAUGCCACAUUCUAACCUUACCCAUCUAACAUAAUUCAUGAUUUAAUAUGUUACAAGAAGUUACAAUGAUAGUCAUUUUAUUUUAAAGGAAAAUACAGGUUAAAGAUUAGAGAAAUAAUUGAACAGAUUAUUACAGUAUAUCCUUUAUGAUCUGAUAACAUUGAUAGACAUAGUUUUAUGUCAUCUGUGGCAUUGCUUUACACAAAUUCAAUGUCAAGACAAUGUUUAAUGCAUGUAAAUUUAACGUAAAAUAGUGACGACAGCUGACAUUGAUAUAUAUAUAUAUUUUUUGCUGUUAAUAAACAAAAUCCAGUAUCGUCACAAUCCAGUUACUUCAUAUGCUAACAUUAAUAGCAUUAGUAGGCGUUGUUGACAUUUUCUAUUAUUUAAGUUAUAGUGUUCAACAAUAACAGUUUACAUCUGUCUGAUGUUGGCACAUUAGACAACAUUUGCCAUUAAACAAUUUUUCUUUUUGAACUACAAAUUUAAUGUAAAAUUUGUAAAAUUUAAUGUAAAAUGUAUUUUAUGUCUUCUACGCUUGUUUACAAAAUACAUACAGUUUGACAAACAUACUAUUAAACAUACAAUUAAACAUAAUGUUUAGUAGUGCAUCUUAAAGUAUUAUUGUAUUAUUAUAACAAUAAAUGUAUUAUUGUGUAUAACUGUACAAUUGGUAAUAAGAUAAGGGAUUCAAAUGAAUGGACUUAAAGCAUGUCUGUGAUGAGUUUUGCGUUCAGAUUGUUAUCUACAUUACCUACAUUAGUCUCAUAGCUCCAGUGUGAAAGUAAAGAUGCAAACCUUAGAUAUCAAAUACAGUUUUGUGCAAACAUUUUAGGCUCCUGUGAAAAUUAGACUGGGCAAGAUCUAUUAAUUUUAUUAGUAAAGUGUUAGUAUAAUUUAAAAAUAAAUGCAGCAUUCAUACAAAUAACUUUUGCUUAAUGAUGUUAAGUCAUUUUAGUGAGCUGAGGCACUGACUGGGGCACCAACUUUGUUCCUUAGAUCAAAUUAACAAGAUCUCAACUACUUUAUCUAAAAGAAAUUUCUAUCUAAUGCAAUCGGAAAAUUUUCAAAAAAUAAACCUAAUCCUUCGUAUUGAUGAGAUUUUAGGUCAUUUUAAGUGUCAAAACGUCACUGUGCUGUACUGCAUGUCUUAGCUGAUUAACUGUGUUUGGGUACAGAUGGAGAAAAACUGUGUAAACGGGAUUUUAGGCUGAACCAAUGCUUUAAACACCAAAACAGUCUUGAGUAUUGCUCACAGUCCUUAAAGCGAAAUCAAUGGUGCUACAUGUGGACGCUUCACGUUCCUGGAUGUUCACUUUAACCACAGCGAAGCUGCCUUUCCUUUCAACCGGUGUGACGUGUUUUCCGCACAACAAGCAAGCACUAUCAUUGUAUCACUUAGUGUUGAAACAUCUCACAGUGACGCAUGAAACAGGGUAAGAUCCACAGAAAGGUCUGGAAACGUGUGAAAAUUGUGUACUGUACUGUAUACUGUACAGUGAUGUUUCACAGUGCAGUCAGUGCAGUUUGAGGAAUGUGAAUGUCACUCUUCUUAUCUUUAUAUCACCUGUGUGCGUUUGGUGUAGUAGGUAAAGAUCCCGGGGCCGGCGUCGCUGGGCCGAGUGCCUGUGUAACGAUGGCACUGUAUGGGUGUAUUUGCACUGUUUUUUGCUUUUAUAAAACCAUUGACACUUGAAUUGGGAAGCGCUCCCGCAUUUUAAUUUACAUGUAGAGUCGUUUUUGUUGCGUUUGUUUAAUUACUGCAUGACUGAACUUUGCCUUUCUAAUUUAUUUGAAUUGUUUUAUGGAUUGUUCCUGAGAGGCUACAUAUGGUAGCACAGUUUGUCAGUGUGUGUGUGUGUGUUUUUGUGUGUGCGUGCGCGUGUGUGUUUAAAGCUGUAUGUGUUCAUUGUUGGGUUAUGUGGGUAUAUAUGUGUAUGAGAGAUAAACAUACCAAAACUGAUUUGGUCUUGAUUGAAUGUAUAAAACGAAAUGGCUGUAAUAAACACUUAAAUUGA